CCAGAGAUGUUUCAAAGUUGUUUUGCUCUGCAUCUUUUCCAUGCCUUUGGACUUAUGAAAAACAUGGAAGAACUAAUAUUUCACCUCAAUGUAUCCAAACUUUGAAUGCACAGAAUCGUGAUAAUUUCUUUUUCAUGUUGUAGAAACUGUGGGAUCUGAUAAUUUGUUCAAGGCAUGCUGCUUGGAUGGUCACAUGUGUGGCCAAAUUGCUUAGAAAAAAUGCGAAAAUCCUGCAUUGUCAAUCUCUUGGGACGCUGGACAUCUUUCACAGAAUGGUGCUAAUAUCGUGUAUUCAUAUCUGAUACCAUCUCUCAACCAACUCCUUUAGGUUGCUAAAAACUGAGAAAUUAAAUUGGGUUCUCAUCAGUUGCAACUUGGCUGGGAUCAUGCACGAUGAUCAUUGCGGGGAUUUUUUUCCUUUAUCAUUUGUUAGUUGCAAAAUGAUAUACAGCUCUGUUUUCAUUAAGAGCUGGGAGAUUGUGAGCUGGGCUAUUAUUGUAUAUCAUUUGGCUUUAGAAAGCUUGUGUGCUAGUUUGUAUUCUUACUAUUAUUGAAAAAAAAAUUAGCUUGUAUUCUUAUCUCUUUUCGGUCCAAUUUCUGUUGUCAUUAAGGUAUAUACCUCUAAAACACAUCUCAUGCAACUCAUAGGUGAGAGCAUUUAUGAAAUGCGAACAAAAUUAUGACAUAUCUUUCACCAAUUCAAUUCCCCAAAUAAAGAUGGUAUCUACAAACAAAAAAAUGACUCACCAAUACAUCCUUCGAUGAAAAUGAGAAUAUAAUUGAAGCCAAGCUAUAUGUUGGCGAGUUUGAAGGUUCUCAAAUGGCGGAAUCCAAGUAGCAGCAGACACACCAAAUGGAGGAUAACCAUACCAAAGCCCAUGAUUAUUAUCAAGAAGUAGAUUUCAUGGAUUACAUUUUAUAGCCAAGUGCCAUAUGCAUGGCCUUUGACUACUCACUCUUCACCUCAAAUACUCGUCACCUCUCUCCCCCUCUCUUUCUUUGCCUACUUUGUUCUUGAUUUCUUCUUCAGUUCCUCUCCCUCCGAACCCUUCACUCUCUCUUCUUUUUUUUUUCCCAUUACUUUUUUCUUCUCUGCUACCAUGGCCGUGGCAGAGCAAACCACAUCCCCUGCUACUGCUAAAUAUACAAAGACAAGCAGUCGUUUACACUCCUCACAGCUCUCACAUUUAUCAACUAGUCCCUCUUUUCACUUUCGUCGCUCGUUUAGACCAAUCCCUCGUGCCCAAAACUUCAAAAUCACUUGCUCUGUCAAUCAAGUUCCAGCCCCAGUUGCAGUUCAGACCGAAGAAGCCAAGAACAAGUCUGAACGCUUCGGUGUUUUCUGCCAAACAUACGAUCUCGAAGCUACUGAAGCUGAAUUGCUACCUGAGAAGAGAUGUGUAGCUCACCUCACAGGAGAGGUAUAUGUAUUACCCCAUCAUUGCUUCCUUGUGCUGAUUCUGCCGCAUCAAUUACUAACGGCCCUGCUCUUUUCAGGGUGUUGCUUUCCGAGAUUUACCAGAGGACACAAAGCUUCCAGGGGAAACGUAAUUAGACACAUCGUUAAUCGUUAUUCAAAAUGGUCCAAAAAACCUUAGCUGGUAGUAGAAGUCCAUUUGAUAACCUUCAGUUUACAAAUCAUUGCUAUUGCUGGGUCUUGUAGCCAUCUAGCUCAGAUGGCCAUUGCCAUUUCUUUCCACCCUUUACCUUUGGUGAAUAUAUUGUCACCGGAAGUUUCAAGUGCACAAGGUACACAAGUACUUUGCCUCUCUAUUUCUGAAUGUCAUGCAUGUCGAGAACAAGUGCUUCAAACUUCCGAUAGCCACAUUAAGACCAUCCUGGAUUUGUAAAGAUACUUCGAUUCCGUGUUCUUCCAAGCUGCUUGUCACAUGCAUUGUGUGCUUGUGCAUGCUACUGCCUACUUUCUCACAACUUCCAAAUCUUUCUAGUUGGAGACUGAGCAGAUCACCGGAACCUUCAAGAAGAGAUUACGUGUAGAAAAUGAGCACCACGCAUCCUGAUAUUUAUCCGUGGUUAUGUUGAAGAAUUAAGGACUUCGAAGGUUAAAUUUACAAAUAUCUAAAUCCGUCAUGCCAGGGUUUCUGGUCACAUUACAUUCGCCGACCAAAAAAGACAAUUCCCAAAUCGAAAAGGCCGAUGUAACUUCAAGGAGAACUACAGCUAGUUAUCAUCGACAUAGAGGUAGGAGAACAAUCAACCUGUUCUGACAAAUUCAGUAGGCCAUCCUUUUGUUUUAGAAUAUAUCACUUGACAGUAAAUCAACUUAGGCAGCGGCUAA